AUGAGAGAACUUGCAUUUAAAGUUGAAGAUGUUCUUGAGACUUUUGCAUUGGAAGUCAUGGCCAAGAAACAAAAAUCAGGCUUCAAGGAGAAUUUACUUAGAUUUGCUUGCAUCUUGGAUGUAGGGGUUAGCCGUCAUAAUAUUGCUACGGAGAUCAAUACUAUAAAAGCUGAGCUAGCUAAUCUCACUGCAAGACUCCAAACAUAUGGUGUUACAGAAGGUCUGAAAGAAGGAGAAACCUCACUUUCAGUAGUUGACCUGAAAAGCCGGAGGACCUAUUCUCAUGAUGUUGAAAAAGAUUUUGUCGGGAUGGAGAGUAAAAUAGAGAAACUGGUCUCUCAUUUGAAGAAUGAAGAUAGUGGUUGUGAAGUUGUCUCAAUCUGCAGUAUGGUAUCCUGCACUUAUAUUUCUUUCGAUAUAUUGAAUUUGAAACAAAACAAUAGUUGGAUCCUUGUUUGCAGCAAAAAAGGAGAUGGAAGGAAUAUGGUUAAGAGAUGCAAAGGUUUACCACUAGCUAUUUCGACAUUAGGAGGACUUCUCAGAGCCAAGGGUCACAGUGUAGCUGAUGAUGAUGAGUACCACAAUUCGAUGCAGAUUUUCGGGUUGAGUUAUGAUAGUUUACCUCCUCGUUUGAGACAUUGUUUUCUUUGUUUUGCUAAUUAUAAGGAGGAUGAAAUAAUCAAGACCAAGGGACUUUACCUGUAUUGGAUUGCAGAAGGUUUGAUAUCAGUGGAAGAUAAAGCGGAAGGGGAGAUGAUGUUGGAUGUAGCCGAACGCUAUUUGGAUGAAUUAGUACAUCGAAGUCCUGUUCAAAUCGAACCAUGUACAACAGAAGGACAAGGAGAGUAUUGGUUGAAGUACAGAAAAUGUGGUGUUCAUGAUCUUAUCCGGGACUUAUGCUUGUAG